AUCAGACAUAACCCACCACAGAAAAAACAACCUUAAUUACCUCUGUUGGAUCUGUUCUGCUUCUCUUGUUAGUUUGUUUGUUUGUUUUUCUUUCCUGGGAAGCAAACAGAGCUUUAAGCAGUACUUGUCUGCAGCUAUCAAACCCAAAAGGAAUUAACAGCUUCGUAGGAAACUUUCUGGAAUCUGAUCAAAUGCCAAGAAAGGGUAUGAGGAGCCUCUGUUUUCACUCCAAAACGCCUUCCUACUCCACCUCUCGCCACCCUUCACCUUCUUCGAGAGAUCCCUCCGUCUCGACCCCUCGGAGAAGCUUCUCCGACACGAUGAUCGAGCAGAGCAUCGACGCCGCCGCUUCCUUGAUCAUGAAAUGGGACCCGGAAAGUUCUGCCUACGCUAAAGUCACCUCCAUCUUCUACGAGAGCAAGAGAGAAGCCAUUCAGUUCAUCAAGUGCGUUAACGAUCUCCAGAAGGCCAUGCAUGCCUUAGUCUCCAAUAACUCCUCCACUUCUGAGAGGCUCGUGUACGCCCAGAACCUGAUGCAGAUUGCCAUGAAGAGACUCCAGAAGGAGUUCUAUCAAAUCCUUUCCAUGAACCGGGCCCACUUGGAUCCCGAAUCCGUCUCCGCACGAUCUUCACGCGCCUCCACGAGAUCGAGCACCUCCGACUAUGAAGACGUAGAUGAUGAUGUGCGCCCCCCAGGUGAUUCCAUCGAGGAAGUCGAGGAGGUUUCUUCCAUUGCCAUGGCGGACUUGAGGUCCAUAGCCGAGUGUAUGAUCUCGUCUGGUUACGCUAAAGAGUGCGUUAGCAUAUACAAAAUCAUCAGAAAAUCAAUAGUGGACGAAGGCAUUUACCGUCUUGGCGUUGAGAAACUGAGUUCCUCCCAAAUCAGCAAGAUGGACUGGGAACUGCUGGACAUGAGGAUCAAGGCCUGGUUGGACGCAGUAAAAAUCUCCUUGAAAACGCUCUUUAACGGGGAGAGAAUACUGUGCGACCACGUCUUCGCUUCCUCGGACUCCAUCAGAGAAUCUUGCUUCACCAACAUUUCCAAAGACGGAGCUACUCUGCUAUUCGGAUUCCCCGAAGUACUCGUCGCCAAGAGCAAGAAAUAUCCCGAGAAAAUCUUCCGCGUGCUCGACAUGUACACCGCCAUCGCUGAAAACUGGCCCGAGAUCGAAUCCAUUUUCUCGUUCGAAUCAACUGCGACCGUCCGAUCUCAAGCCAUCAACUCCCUGAUCCGUCUCAGCGAGUCGGUGCGCACAAUGCUGUCAGACUUCGAGUCAACGCUGCAGAAGGAUUCCUCUAAGUCACUGGUCGUCGGCGGCGGAGUUCACCCGCUGACGCUCAAUGCGAUGAAUUACCUCUCAAUCCUCGGAGAUUAUAGUAAUGUCCUCGGUGACAUUUUCGCCGACUGGAAUCCCCCUCCGAAAUCCUCAUUACCGGAAUUCUACUUCGAUAGUCCACAAACCGAUGAAUCUCCGGCACCGGAGAUUUUCAUGCGCAUAGCUUGGCUAAUUCUCGUGCUUCUUUGUAAGCUCGACGGCAGGGCCGAGCAUUACAAAGACGUUUGUCUAUCAUACAUAUUCCUAGCCAACAAUCUUCAACACGUGGUCUCCAAGGUCCGCACGUCAAACCUACUGUACCUUCUGGGCGGGGAAUGGGUCGCAAAGCACGAAGCUAAAGUGCGACAGUUUGCUGCGAAUUACGAGCGCUUCGCUUGGGGAAAGGUGAUCGCGUCACUGCCAGAGAACCCAACCGCCGAGGUCUCCCCGGCGGAAGCGAAGGAGGUUUUCAGGAAGUUCAAUUUGAGUUUCGACGAAGCGUAUCGGAAGAAGGGUUCGUUCAUUGUAUCGGACCCGAAACUCCGAGACGAAAUGAAGAUGUCAAUCGCGAGAAAGAUCGUGCCGGUUUACGAGGAGUUUUAUAAGAAGAAUCGGCAGCAGCUUACCGGGAGCGGAGAGAGGAAUGCGCGGUUUUAUCUCAGAUUUGCCCCAGAAGAUGUAGGGAAUUACAUAUCGGACUUAUUCUUCGGGACAGCCGGCUCAGGUAGCAGACCGUCGUCUUCGUCGUCCUCGUCUCAUCGCCGGCGGGAACGGUCCACAGCGUAGAGUUUUAUUCGGUGAUUUUUUGUUAUUUUUUUCCCGAUUAUUUUGUCUGGAUAUGUACAUGUGG